AUGACAACUGCAGUACCUUCAACUACCCCACCAUCUGCAACAUUCCCAGAAUUCAUUUCGGGGAUCACUUUUAGCCAAGAGUUAGUAAACUUUGCAUAUGGUAAAACAGCGACUCAAGUACACAUAAUUGGUGGCGGGGAACCAGAUCAAGCGGUAGACGGAGAGACGGGAUACCUACAAGACGUGUCGUUAGGGGGCUGUACAUCAACGAAAUCUAAAGGCGCCACUAAGUGGUGGAAAGUAGAAAUGGAAAUGGACUAUAUAAUAAGAUACGUUGUUGUUUACAACACGGAAAUUAACAACAGUGUUCUGAACAACGCCAUAGUGGGUGUCAGUCGUGACGACAUUACAUAUGAUACAUGUGAUAUUAUAACAAGUGAUAUGGUAUCAACAUCGCGUGUAAUAGUUAUGGAGUGUGAUCACGUGAUGGUUGGACGAUACGUCAAAGUUACAAUCAAUAAAGAGGGUACAUCAUUGACCUUGUGUGAAGUUGAGGUGUAUGACAAAGACCCAUAUUCAGUCACGAAGUACAACGAUUCAAACACUGUUCAGUGCAGCGAUGGAUCGAUAAAUUGCCAUUUGGUAACCAAUGCUUUCACUGAGACUUCCCCAACAAUCAAUACGUCAUCCAGUGACGGCGAUGUAACGUCAAGUGGUACUCAAAGUCUAACAACGCCUCCAGAAAGCAGUUCAGAAACAGUUUCUGAGAUUCUUUAUUCCACAGAUAAUCUGACAACAGAAGCAGGCUGGCCUGAAGACACUGUUUCUGGAAUUCCUUAUGCACCAGGUUUAGUGAACUUUGCCUUUAACCAAACUGUCAUCUCAAAUAACGUGUUGGAAAAUGAAGCGUACCCCGAGAAAGCAGUAGACGGUUUCACUGAUUUCAACGAUUCGCUGCCGUACGGUGGGUGCGUGUACAUGAAAUCGGACACCAAGUUCAACUGGGUUAGGGCACUGUUUCCUGAAAUGGUCAUAAUCAAAUUCGUCAUUGUCUACAGUCCACGGCUUGGCAAUGUUAAUCUGUAUGAAGCGAUGGUUCAAACUAAGUCGCCGUCAGAUAGAUUGUUCGUUGACUGCGGGAAGAUUACUCGUAGUAUGGUCAAUACACGCCUACGAAUACGUGUUGAGUGUGAUCCAAUGAGAGUCGGUAACACUGCAAGGGUUCUUAUCACAAACAAAAAAGCAAGACAUAAGCUGGAGCUGUGUGAAAUGGAGGUGUACGAUCGAGAUCCGGAUACGUGGACAACACCAGCACCACCAACAACCGUAAAUGCCGCAACGACAGUAAUUGGAGCAGCAACAACGUCAUCAGCGGAUAAAACACAGUCAGUGGCAACAACGCCAUCAGCGGCAACAACAGCAUCGGCAACAGCAGUAGCUACGAUCGCCAAGUCGAAAACCGAAUUAGGACACACAUUAAAGUCAGAUCGACCAUCGACAGUUCAAGGGAUAAAUACGGAUGGUGAACACACUGCCGCACCUGUAGCAAUCUUUCCUAAGUCCACCUCGGGAAGCACUGUUCAUGAUAACCCAGAUCUUGAAUCGACAACUCAAGUAGUCAAUGCAGGUGGCGAUCACACAGGGAUUAUAACUGAAGUAACUGCAGCAACUUUACCUAAGUCUGCCUCAGAAGUCACUAAUAACCCAGGUGAACACUCGACCAGUGGCGACAAGAAGUUCUCCCCACUUAAAGAUCCAGCUUCUAGUGAGAUGAGCACUGCAGAAUCUAGUAAUCCAGGUUUGGGACUGGGUGUUGGGCUCGGUUGUACGUGCUUAGCUCUAGUAGGCGUCGCAGCUGGUAUCAAAUUUAUAUUGAUAAGAAAGAAAAGAAAAGUGGAAGACGAUGCUAAAUCUGAAUUGAGAAAUAAGUCAAAUAUCAAAGUCUUAACAACACUAGCGGAAGUUAACCAGGAGGCUGUUUCCGGAGUGCCAUAUGCAACAAGUUUGACAAACUUCGCCUUACACCAAAAUAUCACUUCAAAUAAUGCGUGGGAUAAUGGUGCUGAUCCUGAUAAAUCGGUUGAUGGCUUUACUUUCUUUAGCGAUGACCCUGUAUUUGGCGGAUGCGUGUUUAUGAAAUCCGACGACAAGACUAACUGGAUUAAAAUACAAAUGCCGAGAAGGGUUAUAAUAAAAUACGUCGUUGUCUACAGUACUAGAUUGAAAAAUAAUAACCUCUAUGACGCAACCGUACAGUCAAAGAAGUUGGAAGAUGACAAUUAUGAGGCAUGUGGGAAAAUCACAAAGAGUAUUGCUAACCGUUAUCUACAGAUAGUCAUAGAAUGUGAUCCUAUACGUGUUGGUGACUUCGUGAGAAUCGUCAACUCAAACAAGAAACAGAGGCACAGAUUAGAGCUCUGUGAAAUUGAGGUGUACGAUCAAGAUCCACUGCGCACAACAACAGCUGCGCCACCGACAACUCAACUGCCAAGUACACCAUCACUGUCUGCAACCAGUCAGCGACCAAGUACAGUGCAAAAAUAUACAACAAUAUAUCCAUCAACUGCACAGUUGCUAUCAACAUCAACUCGACAGCAAACUAAUUCGUUGCCUGCAUCAACAUUACCAAGUUCAACAAAUCAACCACCAACUAUGCGACCGUCAACUCCAGCCAUUGAAUUGCCAACUACACUAGUAUCUACGACAACCAGCCACCUGUCACAUAAAUCGUCGACCACUGAAUUGAAGCAACAAUUGUCCACACAUUCAAUGACAUUAACUAAUCAGGGGAAUGAAGCCUCAUCGUCUACAUUGCGACCUAGUACAAUGAGGAAACAAGAGACAGUACCAAUAACACACCAACUUACAACUAUAGCAUUAAUGAAUACUGCAGCCACACAAUUACCAACACUUUCAACGUUCCAGUCGUCAUCUGAUUCAUCUACGCGCACUACAACGAAGGAAAGUGUACUGAUUACAACUACACAGGUUAAGCCAGUGACAAAACAAUUUGUCACUGAACAAAUAACGACUACAAUACCGAGACAAUCAACAACAAGUAAAAUAUCUGCUACAACAAAGCCAAGCACAAUAGCAAAGAUAUCUACACUGGCUUCAACAAUAGAUAAUCAAACACCAUCAACUACUCGAUUGGUAUCUACACCAGAAACAGAUAUAUCACCAACUUCAACAGGUCGACCACUGACAAUAGUAGAUGAAUAUCAAAGCACUCAUGAACAAAGUGUACAACCAUUAACAACGUUGGCCCAUGAAUACACAACACCAAUAAUCAAGUCUUCAACUCCACAAAGGCCUAGAACACCAGCAACUACAAUCGAAAAUCAUGAAACAAAAGAAACUACUGCAACAGGUGAACUAUCUGCUACAACAAGGUUAUCUACAAUAGCAGAGAUAUCUACACUGGCUUCAACAAUAGAUAAUCAAACACCAUCAACUACUCGAUUGGUAACUUCACCAGAUAUAUCAGGAACAAAAAUAUCGCCAACUUCAACAGAUCGACCAAUGACAAUAGUAGAUGAAUAUCAAAGCACUCAUGAACAAAGUGUACAACCAUUAACAACGUUGGCCCAUGAAUACACAACACCAAUAACCAAGUCUUCAACUCCACAAAGGCCUAGAACACCAGCAACUACAAUCGAAAAUCAUGAAACAAAAGAAACUACUGCAACAGGUGAACUAUCUGCUACAACAAGGUCAUCCACAAUAGCAGAUAUAUCUACACUGGCUUCAACAAUAGACAAUCAAACACCAUCAACUACUCAAUUAGUAUCUACAUCCGAUAUACCAGAAACAGAUAUAUCACAAACUUCAACUGGUCGACCAAUGACAAUAGUAGAUGAAUAUCAAAGCACUCAUGAACAAAGUGUUAAACCAUUAACAACGUUGGCCCAUGAAUACACAACAGCAAUAACUAAGUCUUCAACUCCACAAACGUCUACAACACCACCAACUACAAUCGAAAAUUAUAAAACAAAAGAAAUUAUUGCAACGGGUGAACUAUCUGCUACAACAAGGACAUCCACAAUAGCAGAAAUGUCUACACUGGCUUCAACAGUAGAUAAUCAGACGCCAUCAAGUACUCGAUUGGUAUCUACAUCAGAUAUAACAGGAACAAAUAUAUCAGCAACUUCAACAGGUCGACCAAUUACAAUAGUAGAUGAAUACCAAAGCACUCAUGAACAAAGUGUACAUCCAUUAACAACGUUGGCCCAUGUGUACACAACUCCAAUAACUAAGGCUUCAACUCCACAAAGGCCUACAACACCAGUAACUACAAUCAAAAAUGAUGAAACAAAAGAAACUACUACAACAGGUGAACUAUCUGCUACAACAAGAUCAUCCACAAUAGCAGAUAUAUCUACACUGGUUUCAACAAUAGACAAUCAAACACUAUCAACUACUCGAUUGGUAACCACAUCAGAUAUACCAGAAACAGAUAUAUCACCAACUUCAACAGAUCGACCACUGACAAUAGUAGAUGAAUAUCAAAACACUCAUGAACAAAGUGUAAAACCAUUAACAACGUUGGCCCAUGACUACACAACACCAAUAACCAUGUCUUCAACUCCACAAAGGCCUACAACACCAGCAACUACAAUCGAGAAUCAUGAAACAAAAGAAAUUAUUGCAAUGGGUGAACCAUCUGCUACAACAAGGACAUCCACAAUAGCAGAAAUGUCUACACUGGCUUCAACAAUAGAUAAUCAGACGCCAUCAAGUACUCGAUUGGUAUCUACAUCAGAUAUAACAGGAACAAAUAUAUCAGCAACUUCAACAGAUCGACCAAUUACAAUAGUAGAUGAAUACCAAAGCACUCAUGAACAAAGUGUACAUCCAUUAACAAUGUUGGCCCAUGUGUACACAACUCCAAUAACUAAGGCUUCAACUCCACAAAGGCCUACAACACCAGUAACUACAAUCAAAAAUGAUGAAACAAAAGAAACUACAACAGGUGAACUAUCUGCUACAACAAGAUCAUCCACAAUAGCAGAUAUAUCUACACUGGUUUCAACAAUAGACAAUCAAACACUAUCAACUACUCGAUUGGUAACCACAUCAGAUAUACCAGGAACAAAUAUAUCAGCAACUUCAUCAGGUCAAACAAUUACAAUAGUAGAUAAAUAUCAAAGCACUCAUGAACAAAGUGUAAAACCAUUAACAACGUUGGCCCAUGAAUACACAAUACCAAUAACCAAGUCUCCAACUUCACAAAGGCCUACAACACCAGCAACUGCAAUCGAAAAUCAGGAAACAAAAGAAAUUACUGCAACAGGUGAACUAUCUGCUACAACAAGGUCAUCCACAAUAGCAGAGAUGUCUAUACUGGCUUCAGCAAUAGAUAAUCAAACACCAUCAACUACUCGAUUGGUAUCUACAUCAGAUAUACCAGGAACAGAUAUAUCACCAACUUCAACAGGUCGACCAAUGACAAUAGUAGAUGAAUAUCAAAGCACUAAUGAACAAAGUGUAAAACCAUUAACAACGUUGACUGCCCUGGCUUCAACAAUAGAUAAUCAAACAUCAUCAACUACUCGAUUGGUAUCUACAUCAGAUAUAUCAGGAACAAAUAUGUCGCCAACUUCAACAGGUCUACCACUGACAAUAGUAGAUGAAUAUCAAAACACUCAUGAACAAAGUGUACAACCAUUAACAACGUUGGCCCAUGAAUACACAACACCAAUAACUAAUUCUUCCACUCCACAAAGCCCUACAACACCAGCAACUACAAUCGAGAAUCAUGAAACAAAAGAAACAACUACAACAGGUGAACUAUCUGCUACAACAAGAUCAUCCACAAUAGCAGAGAUAUCUACACUGGCUUCAACAAUAGACAAUCAAACACCAUCAACUACUCAAUUAGUAUCUACAUCCGAUAUACCAGGAACAGAUAUAUUGCCAACUUCAACAGGUCGACCAAUGACAAUAGUAGAUGAAUAUCAAAGCACUUAUGAACAAAGUGUUAAACCAUUAACUACGUUGGCCCAUGAAUACACAACAGCAAUAACUAAGUCUUCAACUCCACAAACGCCUACAACACCAGCAACUACAAUCGAAAAUCAUAAAACAAAAGAAAUUAUUGCAACGGGUGAACCAUCUGCUACAACAAGGACAUCCACAAUAGCAGAGAUAUCUACACUGGCUUCAACAAUAGACAAUCAAACACCAUCAACUACUCGAUUGGUAUCUACAUCUACACUGGCUUCAACAAUAGAUAAUCAAACACCGUCAACUACUCGAUUGGUAGCUACAUCAGAUAUAACAGGAACAAAUAUAUCAGCAACUUCAACAGGUCGACCAAUUGCAAUAGUAGAUGAAUACCAAAGCACUCAUGAACAAAGUGUACAUCCAUUAACAACGUUGGCCCAUGUGUACACAACUCCAAUAACUAAGGCUUCAACUCCACAAAGGCCUACAACACCCGCAACUACAAUCGAAAAUCGUGCAACAAAAGAAACUACUACAAUAGGUGAACUGUCUGCUACAACAAGAUCAUCCACAAAAACUCAUGAACAAAGUGUAAAUCCAUUAACAACGUUGGCCCAUGAAUACACAACACCAAUAACGAAGUCUUCAACUCCACAAACGCCUACAACACCACCAACUACAAUCCAAAAUCAGGAAACAAAAGAAACUACUGCAUCAGGUGAAAUAUCUGCUACAACAAGGGCAUCCACAAUAGCAGAAAUGUCUACACUGGCUUCAUCAAUAGAUAAUCAAACACCACCAAUUACUCGAUUGGUAUCUACAUCAGGAACAAAUAUAUCAUCAACUACAACAGGUCGACCAAUGACAAUAGUAAAUGAAUAUCAAAAGACUCAUGAACAAAGUGUAAAACCAUUAACAACGUUGGCCCAUGAAUACACAACACCAAUAACUAAUUAUUCAACUCCACAAAGGCCUACAAGACCAGCAACUACAAUCGAAAAUCAUGAAACAAAAGAAACUUCUACAACAGAUGAAGUAUCUGAUACAACAAGGUCAUCCACGAUAGCAGAGAUAACUACACUGGCUUCAACAAUAGAUAAUCAAACACCAUCAAGUACUCGAUUGGUAUCUACAUCAGAUAUACCAGGAACAAAUAUAUUACCAACUUCAAAAGGUCGACAAAUGACAAUAGUAGAUGAAUAUCAAAGCACUCAUGAACAAAGUGUAACACCAUUAACAACAUUAGCCCGUCAAUACACGGCAGCAAUAAUUGAGUCUUCAACUUCAUCAAGACUUACACCACCAGCAACUACAAUAGAAAGUUUAAAUUCAUUAGCCACAUUGGCCCAUCCAGUAUCUUCAACUCAAUCCAGACGUACACAACCAGUAAUUACAAAAGGACUGUCAGUAUCAAAAACUCCUGCAACAACCAAAACAAGUAUGUCAACUACAACUUUUGAUCCAUCAAUGCUGCCCGCAUCUGAGGGUAGUGAUUUAUUAAGUGAAACCUCAUCAUCAACAUCAAAUCGAACACCAAACCAAUAUGAAUCACCAGGGGUCACUACUUCAUGGCAUCUAAGACCUAACACAUCAACAACAACAACAACAUACCAUCCUGCAACAACUCGGGAAGCAGAUCAUUCAGAAGAAGCUACAAGUGUGAAAUUUGCCAACAACAAUAAUAUGUCGCCAACUAUUUCAUUAUUAUCAACUGCUACAUCACAUAUAACAUCAGAAUCGUUAACCACAUUGGUUCAACGACGUACAAAACCAAUAACGACCAAUUUAACUCAAAAACAAUAUGAAAGAGCAAGUGGUCAUCUAGUAGAAACAACACAAAUGCCUUCAAAAACGAAAUAUCAAACAACAUUUCAGGCAUCUAGACAGGCCUUUACAGAAGAUACUCAAUCAUCAAUUCCUGCAUUGUAUACAAGAAAGAAAUCGCAAAUAUCUACACUGGCUUCAAUAACAAAAGCUAAUCGCCAAUCAAUUCCGCCAUCAUCAACUGCAUCAUCAUCUACAUCAGAUCGACCAAGACCUAAUAUAUCACUAACUGCAACAGAUCAACCAUCGACUGCAGCAGAGCAAUAUCAACACACACUGGCCCAGCGACAAACAAGUAUACAGCCAAUAUCCACUAAGUUGGACACACUGUCAUCAAAUCUGGGCUCUACUUCAAUACAUUUUGGAGGGAAUCGUUCGUCUCUGUUAGAAACAAAGCAGGCACAAGCUGCCAGUGACACAACGGAUAACAAUAUGAUGUUUCCAAUCUCCGUGGUUGUAGCUGCAGUGUUGUCUGGCGUUUCCAUACUGGCUACUUUUACUUCACUUACACUAUUGAUCUUUAUGAUACGGAAACGAAGAAAAAAAGAUAGACACGAUACGGAAAGUGGCGCGUCAGAAGACACCAUAAAUACGACACUAAACGACAGCAGUAGUUCAAUUUCAACCCCGGAACAACAACACAAUUCGUAUCUCGCAUUCAAUGAACGAAGAUUCUAUGAUGAACUGUACGCCGAACAUGCGCAAAAGAAAUUUGAUGAUUAUCCUGACUAUUCUGCGCCAAAAUGGCACUGGACCGGUGAAGUAUGA